CGUCGGAGGCGCGGUUAAGUCGAGCGGCGGAAGCGGCGCGACGGCAGUCGACGGCGCAAAUGGGGACGAAAGCGAACGUCGGACGCGUUGACAGAUUCUUAGAUGAACGCGAAGAAAUCGAGUCGGAUAACCGGGAGAGUGACGACGGCGGCGGCGGCCGCACGGUUAAUGCCAAAGGCGGCGGAGCAGCGGCGUGGACGGCCAGCGACGACGGAAGUAACCGGCGAGUCCCGAAAUGCGGAAGGUGCAGGAACCACGGCCUAAGAAACGCUUACAAGGGCCACAAGCGCUACUGCCGCUACCGCUCUUGCCAGUGCUGUCGCUGCAUGAUUCUGUCGGAGAAGAAGACCGUUCUGGCCAAACAGGUGGCCGCCAAGAGGGCCCAAGUCCGAGACCAGCCCGCCGCUCCAGAACAGCCCACGCCCGUAAACCGCCCCUUAACGCCCGUCUUGGACGCCCCCGAAAGCGCUUCCACUUCCCGACUCAGCUUCAACCCGGUGCUCAACGGUAAUUACCACUUUUUCUUAUAUUUACUAUUAUCUCUACUGUCAAAUACUACUUCCGCCUCUUAUUCGCUACCGCCGAACCGUUUAUAUCGCUCGAGUAUUCUAUAUUUUUAAGAGAAGCGAACUCUAGCGAAUUAAUAGAGAGGUUGAGGCGC